AUGUUGAUUGGAGGUGUGCCCUCCUCUGGGCCAGCUGGCAACGGGGAGUGGGAAGCAGGGGGACCGGGCACCGUGGUGAACGACUGGCUAGGCUGGGCUGCUGGUUGGGGAGAGCUUCGGACCAAGAACAAAAGAGGAGCACCGGCGAGCUGGCUCUGGAGUAGGCGCUUCAGCCCGGCUCGGGCUCCUGUUCUAGGAAGAGGGGGAGGAGAGGGCCCAAUGAGUGGCGGCUGGUGGGGGUGGGGGGCGCUCGGGUUUCACUGGCAACAGAUUGAUGAACUCCCAGAGGGAGCUGUGAAGCCUCCAGCAAAUAAGUAUCCAAUCUUCUUUUUUGGCACCCAUGAAACAGCAUUUCUGGGGCCCAAAGACCUUUUCCCAUAUAAAGAAUAUAAAGAUAAGUUUGGAAAGUCCAACAAGAGAAAAGGAUUUAAUGAAGGUUUGUGGGAAAUAGAAAAUAAUCCUGGAGUCAAGUUUACUGGAUACCAGGCAAUUCAGCAACAGAGCUCUUCAGAAACUGAGGGUGAAGGAGGGAACACUGCAGAUGCCAGCAGUGAGGAAGAAGGCGAUAGAGUAGAAGAAGAUGGAAAAGGCAAAAGAAAGAAUGAAAAGGCUGGCUCAAAACGGAAAAAAUCAUACACUUCAAAGAAAUCCUCCAAACAGUCACGGAAAUCUCCAGCAGAUGAAGACGACAAGGACUGCAAAGAAGAUGAAAAUAAGAGCGGUUCUGAGGCUGGGGAUGCAGGCAAUGACACAAGAAACACAUCUUCAGACUUGCAGAAAACCAGUGAAGGGACUUAACCAACAUAAUGAAUACUGAAUAAUAAGGGAAACCACAAGAAGGUUACAUGUUUGAUUGUCUCGGGUUUGAUAUGAAUCAACACAUAAUCAUUGUUACCAUCAAUAGUCCCAGUUUGUAUGCACAUUAUUCACAUUCCUCUCUGUUGUGUUUGCAAAAAAAAAAAAUAAGACAUUUUAGUCUUUUCUAAGGGUUUUCAAUCCAAUUUCUCAUUUGGUUGCAUGAAGUUGCCCUUAACCGCUGACAGAUGAUGAAGAUUUUUACACGAAGUUGUUCAUCUGGAUAUGUUUUACCAGUAGAAAGGGCAGCCCUUCUCAUCCUCCUCCCCCCUCAUCCCCACCCUCUCCCACCACUAAAUCAAAUUCAAAUCAGCAUUCUUACAAAAGAGGCCAACAGCGGAAGAGUUUAGGAAUAUUUCCCCUUCAGGAGGGAACAUGGAGAUGAACUUCUAGAGACAGAAGUGUAAAUUACCACAAGGCCAUUCUUUUGUUUGUUGAUUGGAAACGAAAGCAAAAUUGUUCUUGG